AUGGAAGCGCCUCACGCAACGGAUUCAGCUGAGACGGUGGACCCGACUGAUAACAACAACUCAGGAAGCCAGAAAAACACUCUCCGAUCAAAACUUACCCGCGUAUAUAGCUUGAUGAACGACUUGAACCUCACUCCAAAAGACUUCCUGAUUGGAUUUUUACGUGAUGAAGACAUCCAGUUUGCAAUCCAUCGCAGGUUCUGGGCAACUCAAACGGGAUGGCGCACAACCGUCAAUGUUGUACAUGCAAUUCGAGACCUUGUCUGCAAGAAGAAUACCGGAAAGAAACUCUGGAAUGACCUCAUUCUGUCUGAGGCAUCACAAAUUGUAGAGGUUCAAAAACCACCUGCACGCGCAAAAAACUACUACAGUUCAGGCAGCAUAAAGCCAGAGCUCCUCACCGAUGAAACUGACAGAGAAAUCCGUGAAAAACACUUAGUCGAGGACUACAUGCCCUUUCUGUUCCAAUUAAUUUCUCAUAAGCUCAGCAAAACUGUGGCUGAACCAUUUCCAUCAAAAAUCUUCAAACCCAGCAAACCAGACAACGACAUCGACAGUGACAGUGGAUUUGACAGCGACAAAUCCAAUGGCGAAGAUGACAAAGAUUCCCAACCUCAAGCCAAGAAACUUUGCCUGUUGCGAAAAAACCGAGUAUAUGUGGUCUCCAGAACUAUAUGUAGCAUGAUUGCUUUUGUGCUUAAUCGGCGUGACAAUUCAGCGCAGCUUGCAAAUUCUUUAUCGGUCUUGGCAUGCGGAGUGAGCAACCGAGUGAACAAAUACCUUCACUACAUUGGCCUUACGUCCUCGCGAAGAACCGCCCACAGAUCGUUGAAGGAGUUGGGUUUGAGAGCCGAGGACAAUAUAGCUGAAAAACUCUCGAAUUCCGAAAACGAUCCAAUCGCACCCUUCAUUUGUAUAGACAAUCUUGAUUUCGAGGAACGUAUACAUACAAAGUCGGUUGGAAACGAUAGCCACACGUUCCAUGGAACGUGGGGCUAUAUUCAUCGACUAAAUUCUGACCUUCUCACUUCAGUUCCAGCGGCCGAUCUAACUCUUGAAAGCUACAUUUUGGCGAUGGAGAAGAUCCAAGAUGUUCAAGUUUCUCCAUCUAUGCUCCUUGGAUCCGAAAAAGAAGAAGAACACUGGGACCUUGUCUUGAGAAGCCAGAUUGCCAAAGUACUACUCGAGCAUAUUGCAUCCCCAUCAGACAAGACUGUAAAGAUUCAUACAUCUCCACCAGUCAUUGAUGAAAUUUCAAACGAAAAGCCAGAUAUUACAAUGCUAAAACUGAUGAUUGCAUCAGACAACUCAGCCCAAGGAAUCGGAGAAGUGUGUGCCGGUAUCAUUGAGCAAUCCAAUCUCAAGCCACACGAUUUUUUCAAUCGACUACAAGUUCUCGAUGGUGAUUUAGGCAGCUGCUCAAACGUUCUCAGUCUCCGAAACCAACGAGUACCAGGUAUGAAUGAGAUCGAUAGUCUUUCAAACUUGCUCACUCUCCUAGGUGGUUCACACACCCUAUGGAAUAUCGGACUGGCCAUACUUGAAUUGCAUUAUGGAAACACAUCCGAUUCACGUGAUUGUGGCGCUUGGCGAUGGCUUGAUGGACUUGGUAUCCCAUUUAGUAAGUCUCUUGACAAGAAAGACUUCACUUUGAUGAUUUCAAACAUGGAAAAAAUCCAUGAGGCAACUAUUCUGCACUGCAUCAUGCUUGUGAUGGGUAUUCAAGAUCGAUCGUUGGAAGACGAGCUUGUUCAGAUACCAAGUCAACGGAUCGAACAUAUUGUUGAAUUAACAGUUGAACUGUUCUUUAGUGCUCAAGCGAAGUUGGCUGCAAGCAAAUUAGAAUCACACAAGCUUUCAAAUCUCCUCAGACGACUCAGCGACUUUGCUUCAAUCGUCGAAGGCAAUCGGGCAAUGAAAUCAGGUGACAUUGGCAGAGUAAUGAACAUGUGGAAAAGGUGGUCGGUCAUUGCAAUUGGAGUGAAGAAACUUCGACAAUAUUCGAUUCAACUUCCCCGCAUGAUCAUUCUAAUAAAUGAGAUCUUACCACGUGGUCUAGCAAAAGUCAUCCUUCAUUCCCUCUUUGUCGCUCCUGGUGGAAGGCAACAUCACUUUGUUGCAAAGGAUCAUUUCCUCGAAAACCAAAACUAUUGGCUAAAGUACUUUUUUAACCACACUGGAAAAGGAACGGAAAUAGAUAGACUGAAGGAUGUAUUCUCUGUAAAUGUAACUUUGGAACUGUUAAGAGUCAUCAAUCACACCAUAAUCGAAUUGAUCUCAAAUCUAUGA